GAGGGCGUUAGUGAAAUUUUUCUUGGCAACUCGCCAAAAUUGAAAUUGACACUUAUUUAAAAACUAAUUUUUGUAAGUUAUAUGUAAGGUUUAUAUUAUAUUUGAAUUGUACUUUAUAUUGUGAAGUCAAUAUUAGAAAAUAAGUAUGGUUAUAAGAAAUAUCUGCUGUCUGGGAGCCGGGUACGUCGGAGGUCCCACCUGUAGCGUCAUCGCUUAUAAAUGUCCACACAUACAGGUGGUCGUCGUUGAUAAAAGUCCCCAUCGGAUAAACCAGUGGAAUUCAAACGAAUUGCCAAUAUAUGAGCCCGGUUUGGAAGAGUUGGUGAAGAAAUGCAGAGGAAAAAAUCUGUUUUUCUCAACCGACAUAGACUCUGCUAUUAAAAAAGCCGAUCUGAUAUUCAUUUCAGUAAAUACGCCGACGAAAACUUACGGGUUUGGAAAGGGGCGAGCCGCCGACCUACGAUUUAUCGAAGCCGCAGCUCGAAUGAUAGCGGACGUCAUAGACGGACCCAAAAUAAUCGUAGAAAAGAGUACGGUGCCCGUUAAAGCUGCAGAAAGCAUUACGAGAAUAUUGAAAGCUAAUGUCAAAAUAGGAGUGACGUAUCAGGUGUUAUCCAAUCCUGAAUUUUUGGCUGAAGGUUCUGCAAUAAGUGACUUAUUGCAACCAGAUAGAAUUCUUAUCGGAGGAGAACAGACUAUUGAAGGAAGAGCUGCUAUCAAUGAAUUAUGCGAAGUUUAUAAAAAUUGGAUAUCUGAAGAGAAAAUAAUUACCAUGAAUACAUGGUCCUCAGAAUUAUCAAAAUUGGCUGCUAAUGCCUUUCUAGCACAAAGAAUAUCAAGUAUUAAUGCCAUUUCUGCUGUAUGUGAGGCUACAGGAGCUGAUGUAACAGAAGUUGCCCACGCAGUAGGUACUGAUAGUCGGAUUGGUCCUAGAUUUCUUCAAGCUAGUAUAGGUUUUGGUGGUAGCUGUUUUCAAAAAGAUGUUUUAAACCUUGUUUAUCUGUGUGAAUGUUUAAAUCUUCCCGAGGUUGCUACUUUUUGGUAUCAGGUGAUAGAAAUGAAUAAUUUCCAACGGACUAGGUCGGCCAAAAGAAUUACCGAAUCAUUGUUUAACACAGUCAAAGAUAAGAAAAUUGCUAUUUUGGGUUUUGCUUUUAAGAAAAAUACUGGUGACACAAGGGAAUCUGCAGCCAUUUACAUUUGUAAGCAUCUAUUGGAAGAGGGUGCACAUUUAUCAAUAUAUGAUCCAAAAGUGCACAAAAAUCAAAUAAUUGAUGAUUUGAAAAGUACAAAAUCUGCAGAAAAUCCAGAUCAAGUGUUACAAGUGAUUAACAUUCAUAACAAUCCGUACGAUGCGACUAACGGUGCGCAUGCUCUUGUCUUAUGUACCGAAUGGGACGAGUUUUUGACUUUAGAUUAUAAGAAGAUAUACGAUCAUAUGUUUAAACCCGCAUUUAUUUUUGAUGGAAGAAAAAUGUUAAAUGUAGAAAAAUUACAAAGCAUAGGUUUUCAUGUGGAAACUAUUGGCAUGAAAACAUCUCGCUCGGCAGUCAAUCGUAAUUUUGCCGAUCAUUUAAUUUGAUAGUGAAAACAUCAAACGUAAAGAAACAACGGCAGUUUUCUUCCUAGAAAUCAAACUCUCGAAGUUUACUUUUUUCUUUCGGGAUUUCGAAAACAUUGCAGAAUCUCAAGAUAAGAUUUAGAAGAGUGCUUAUUGGUGAAGUAUGUUAUUUAUCUUGACAUCUUGACACUAGUGAUUUCGUUACCCUGGAACCAUAUUCGACAUUACAAGACUUUCUGUGCUUUAAGAAUUAUCUCAGUAAUGGAUCGGGUCAUCUAGUUUUCAUACGUUCACUUUCAGUAUAUUUUAUUAUCUAUUAUAAGCCAGAAAUCUGGGAAAAAAAAUCAAAGUUUUAAACCAAAGAAUUCAUUAAAUACAUAGAAAUUCCUUUCACGAGAAGACCAGAAGGCCACAAUAUUUUUUUUAAAGUUUUUACAGUGGAAAGAAGAAUUGCUUAUAUCCAAUUAAUGUCAAUAUUAAGUGCAUUUCUCUUUGAAAAUUUUGGAUAUAUUUGUUUACAAUAUAGUUUUAUGAUUAAAUUUAUGGUAAUUGGUAUGUUAAGUAUAUUAAAAUAAAAGUUAAAAUUUAGAAUCUACAUUUUAUAACGAGCAGAAAAUUAAGGUUUUGGUUAAUGUCUUCUGAUUUUCUGAUUUGUUUAGAGAUUAUAGACAUUUUAAUUAAACAAUUUCCAAUUUUUAUCUUUCCUAUUUUAUUUCCUACUAAUUUGGCUAUAAUUCCAUGUUUUAAAUUAUUUUUAUACAUUUAUUUUGUGAAUUUGUUCUUUUUGGACUGUUUAAGAUGAUUUUUACAUUAUAUAAUUAUAUAUUUGCUACAAAAGAGAGAAGUAGAUGAAUGUUUGACCUAUCUUUUGAUGAGAGAUGUUGUAAAUUGCAAAUAAUUGACAUGAAAAAUUACAGAUAGUAAAUGUAAUAAUAAUAAAACAAAAAUCAAAAAUUACCUGAAAUAAUUCAUAAAGUUACUGCACAGUAAAGUCAAUUGAAAAGUUGAAAUAUUAUAGUUUAAUUUUAUUAAAGAAAAUUUGUGUAUAUUCCACUUGUAUUUGGGACACUACACUUGCAAAAAGAUAUUAUUAUUUUUAGAAAAAAAUGAAUAAUAAUGUCUUGUAAUGUUAAAAUUUAAUAUUAAACAUUUUAAAUGAAUUAUUCAGGCCUCUCUAGUUUUUGUAAUAUGCUUUAUUAUGAAUUUGAUAAAGAUAAAAUCAAUAAAUUACGUAACAAACAUCCUGCAGAACUCCAUGCUCGGCAAGAACAGAGAUCACACACACAACUCAGUACAAUACCUGCCUGUGAUUGUGUGCUGACAUUGUACGAAAUUUUAAAUAUCAACAAAACACAAAAAUAUAUAAUAGAAAUUAACAAACAUUUAUAAACACUUUUGGUAAAUCAGUUCAUCUUCCUCAUGUGAAUAUAACACUUACGUCAUUACGGAUUUUAUUCGGAGGUAGUUUAUGAAAAAUGUUUAUUAAUUAAAGAUGACAAUCUAAUUAUUCUCGAAGAUGGAUUAAAUAUGAAAACACUUGAAACUUUUGGUUUUUUUCUUAUAUUUUUUGUUGGGCUCCAUUAAGACAGAUCUAUUCUGUCUGUUAAAGCUAAGCAGAAUUAUGAGUAAAUAUAAAAUUUUGUUAUAAAUUCAAAGUGAUAGGUCAUCUUAUCAUUUUUUUAAUAUGACAGUUAGCACGUUUGCUGCCAGUUGAUACAUUUUUGCAUCAUGUGACCUUCACGCGAUAGAGUUACGUCAGUCGAUAGACAUAAAAAUCAUCAUAAAUAACUCUCUCUGCAGAGAAACCUAGGUAAAAUUAUUCUUAUUGCUUUUGAGGUGAAGCUAAAGCUUUUUUUUUUUUUUUUUUUUGUAAUAAAUAUUGACAACUGAUUAGUUCUAUAAUCAUGAUAAAAACAAAUUAAACUGUUCUACAUAUUUACUGCAUUAGACAAGUUAUUUGCAGUAUCGUGAAAAUAAAAAUAAUUCUCGCAUUAGUAGUUUGCAUUUAUUUUAUCAAGGAAAUUUUCUUUAAAAUAUAGGGUUUCUACAUUAAAUUUGUUCAAAAAAAAACAUUAGAAAUCAAAGAUCAUUAAAAUAAUGAUAAUACCGAUGACGAUCUUAUAUAAUCUAACAUAAUGUAAUAUCAAACUGGUAUUUUUGUAUAUUAUAAGUAUUAGAAUUAAAGUGUAGAUUAUUUUUAUGAUUGUUUAUUAUUUGUGAUUUGAUGUUUUUAUUUUAUCUGUGUUCAGUUUUAGUAUUUUCAGUGCCAUUUUUUACUCGUUUUACUAAAUUGAUUUAUACUUUUGGUGAUAUCGAAGAGAUACUUUUCAAAAAAGAGGAAGGCAAGUAUUUGUAUUAAUUAUUACAGGAUAUCCUCGUUAAUUUGAACUUGGGUGGUUCGAAAUCCUGUUUAUUUUUAAUUAUAGUUUCGUCCCAGCCAGGGAUAUAGAGUUUACACAUUCGGGAAUUUGGUUAGUUUGAAAUAAUGCUACUUCAAAAUUUGAAAUGAAAAUUCUGUUUGAAUUGAGAUAUAUGUACAUUAACUUAUACAUUUAUAUCGAAGUUUGUGCUUCCAUGCUAUAAGAGAAUAAUAGACUAUCAAAAACUAAUCUGGUCAAUGUGGCUUUGCUUUUACAUUAACACAUUUUUGGUGUCUUCUUACCCAACGAUUAUCUUUUUUCUCUUUAUCUCAAAAUAUGGUUGGAUUUUGAGGUUGAAAGAUUGGGCUACAAGUAGCAAAUUGAGAUAUUUGUAGGGCUUUAAGCUGCUAGAUUUGAGAGACUUGCUACUUUUUGGGCCACUUCAAAAAUAAUUUGGACUACAGUAGAGAAUUCUGUUUUACUUUUUAUAAAAUCUAUUUGGCAACCUGUGAGGUUCUCACCAGAUACAUGUCAUUUACCUGCAGUUUAUUUAUAAUAAUAACAAUAAUUAACGAAACUAACAUUUUGUUUACGUGGCCAUAUUUCAUUUGCUUAAUAAAUUAUGUCAGUUAUGAAGCAUUCGGUAUAUUGUGUAGAAAUUUGUGCUGUAAAUCUUGGAUAAUUCAAACCUCAAUAAUUUGACAUUCCGAUUAGUUUGUUCCUUGAAUUUCAAACUAAUGAGGAUUUCCUGUAACAUGUUGCACUCUACCAAUCAAUAAUAACUCAAAGCUUUAAUUUUUUUCAAUGAAAAUUUGUGGAAGUUAACAUUAUAGAUUAUAAUAAUGCUAAUUGUUGCAAGUUUGAAUGGAUGUUAUUGUAGUAAAUUUUAUUUUUAAAGUUAUCUCUUUACAGCAAAAGCAUGUUAAUUAAGUAAGAUGAUGAAGAGUAUUGCAUUUAUCUUUUUUAUUCUCAAUAUACUCUUGCAUUAAAACAAAUUGAUAAGAGUAAGUAAUGAUGUACUUUUGUUACUCUUCCAAUACUGUGAUAUUGCUUCCAUUAUAACUAAAUAUUAAAUAUCAACUGCAUAUUGUCAACAUAUAAUCCACCAAAGAGCCCACGAUUAGUUUUUUAUGUAAUAUUUUUGGGAAUUUGCAUCUUAAUAAUACAAAUUUAUGUUCUUUAGAAAUUAGAAUAGGUACAACAAUAUCAUAGCAGCUUUAAACAGUAUUUUAAAUGAGGAUGUAAUGAUAAUUCUUGAAAAUUACAUGAGUUAAAUGAUACUAAAGCAAUGUGUGUGUCAGCAGGUAUUGUGUAAAUAAACUUUCCAUAUUUUGAUACGGCCAGUAGGAAACACCACACAUCCUCUCCCUCCUGUUCCUGUUCACACACAUCCUUAUUGAACCACUUGCAUAUGUUAAGUAAGAAUAGGAAGACUACAAUUUAAUGGUAAACCACAAAUUUAAAAAAUUAUACAAUUUUAUUUGUAAUAAUUAUUAUUUCUGUCUGCUGACAAUGAUUACAUAGUAAGGUGCAUACCACCAACCAGAAUGAUACCAAAAAAUUUUAUAUAAGGUUCUUGCUUAUAUAUUUAUAACAAUAUCAGUUAAUGAAUGGCAGCAAUUGUUUAACUGUAUAUAUGCAUGCUUCUAAAAAGAACUGGGAUUCUUUCAAAAAUACAGCAUAUUUCUUGGAAAAUCUUGGGAGUGCAGAAUAUUUCACCAUCCUGACAAAAGCUAUUGGGACAAUGGGACAGUAGAUCAAAAUAUAUAAUUGUCCCCUACAAUAAGAAAUGUCUGGUCACUUUAGCAUAAAAUAAAAUAACGAGUUAAUAUAUGCUCCACCCCAAACAGUCUGAUGAUUACCUAGACCAGUGGUUCUCAAUCUUUUCCUCCCCAUGGACCCCUUUUCCUCUUAGUUCUUUUUGUGGACACGCGUAGACAUUGCACAGAAAAAAAAAACCUUAUAUUUUUUACUAAUAAAAAAAGAAAAAUUGUAUCAAAAAUAAAAGAAAUAGUAAAUGAUUAUGCUUUAUAUUGAUAGAAAGCCAAUUUAUUUCAUUUUUUUUUAUAUAUAUUUGUUUUUUUUUUUGUUACAUUGUUUUAAAUUAGAAAAAUAUUUUAAUACUGAAGCUCUGAAAUUCAGAAAAAGUAACUACUGUAUUUAUGAACUAGCACUUUUAAAACCUCUUACCUUGUCAAGAUGGAGUUCUGCAUAGAACUGAAGGUUAGGGUUAAAAUAAAACUGAUUACCUUUAUACUUAGGGAGGGAGGCUAUAAACUUUAUAGCCUCCCUCCCUAAUCUUCAAGAUCUGGAACAAACAAACUGAUGCAAAAUGUUCAGAAAUGUCACUGUCAAAUGACAUGAUGCUGAUGGCAUAAGAUUCUCCUAACAAAUCUCGGCUUUAUAAUCUCUCUCUGACCUUUGUCGCUAAGAUAUAUAUGUCAUAUACGGGUAUUCAAUAUUUAUAUUUUAACCCUUAUGCAAGAAAUGAGUAAUAAAGAAAUUGACAAUAUAUAUAUAUAUAUAUAUUGUAGAAAUUUAAUUCUCAGUAAAACAAUUGUUCUGAAGUAGAAUUACCCUAUAGAUUACUAAAAUAUUACCGUGAACCCCCAAUUCGGUAUUUUUUUCUGUGGACCCCCAGUAAUGUUACGUGGACCCCAGUUGAGAACCACUGGCCUAGACACUUACGUUACCGUUAGCAGCCGAACUAAGAAACAACCAACAUAUCUUUUUGUUAUUUAGUAUGUAGUAUCAAAAGUUUUAAUUUUACUUUUACGCAACUGAUAAACUGUACGCACGCACAAUUUUCUGAUUUCAUGUCUGCAUUAGAACUUUCUAUUUUUGUUUCAUCUUGAUAGCUUUUUCCUCGGGCAGGUGUGGAAAAGUACUUUUAAUUUUUAUACUAUUACUUUUCUUUGCAAUAAAUUUGAUAUUUAAAAUAAUCAGAAUCCCUGUUAACCUAACUAUUUGCUAUCUUCGGAAACAUGACCCUGCAGUGUAUUUUUUAAACUUAAAUAUAGUUAAAAGGUACAGUGGGUGAUCGGUUAACGAACACAAUCCGUUCCAAGACUUUGUUCGCUAUCCGAAUUGUUCGUUAACCGAUUAUCGA